CAUUCCUCUCGGGAGUUUACUCGCGUGUUUGAGUUUACCACCAGAAAAGCGGGAAAGAACCAACUUUGUCAAAAAUGAAAACACGAAAGAAACAAACGCCAGCAAAGAAGUCUGAGAGCUCAGGUAGCCAGGAGAACGAGUCCAGCGCCCCGCUGCCGCCAGCCAAAAAGUUUGCGGUGCCUUACAGCGAGAGCCCCGUGUUGGAGGAGUCCCUCAAUCUGACCUUGGCAGAACGGCUCAGGAACAGACUCAGCAGCAGACUCAGUAAUGUCACCACCAACAGGAGCAGACUGGAGAGUGCGAUGUCAGAUGUGUCCCACAUGGUACCUAGAGCAGAGAGUACCAGACUUUCUAUAGCAGUGCCCACUAGAACAGCCACACAUACUACUACCAGCAGGAGAGGCACCAGGGGACAGCAGACAGGAGGCUCUGAGUCCUCACCAGAUGUAAGGACAAGAGGAAGACGACCAACUGGAUCUAAUACUGGGAAAAAGAGCCAAGGAAAUACUGGAGACAACAGGAAAAAUAGGGCCUCUGCCCAGAAAGAAUCAAGGGCUACCUCUCGUAGAAUUUCAACAAGGUCUAGGGCCAGUCAAAGUAAUGACGAGCAAAGUGACCCAGAUACUAGGGGAGCACCAGAGACCGGCCCUAUGGAAACUGAUACAGUGCAAAGCAGAAGGCAAAGUUCUUCAAAGACAAACACUUCCAGAAAAGAAUUACAAAAGGAAGAAAAGAGACAGACUAGCCACUCUGUGAAAAAGACAAGCAAAAAUGCCAGUGCAUCUGAGUCAGAAGAUGAUUCAGAACAUAAUGACGAGGAAGAAAAUAGGGAAAAAGAGACUGACAGACAUCAACCUGACUUACGACAGUCAUUAAGUAGUGGGAGAGGUGAGUCAUUGAUGGAAACUCCUCGGGGGACUCCAUCAACACAGUCAUCAGAAAAUCUGUCACCACCCUUGACAGACUCUGCAAAAGUGGUACAAAGACACCGCAAAGUAUCAGCAAGAGACAAGACUGACAAGAGACCUGUAAUUUCCAGUUCAUCAGAAGAUGAGCAGGAUGACUCACAGGAAAUGGCAAGAGCAGAGUCUGAGGAAGUCUCCAGGAGACCCUCAAGGUCAUCUAACUCACACCAGGUCACAAGGUCAAGGACAGCGGAUGUCACAGAGGAGCCUCCCCAGAAUGUGUCACUGGAGGUCACUAGGUCAAGGACAGAAGGGGUCAUAGAAGAGCCUCCCCAGAAUGUGCCACUGGAGGUCACUAGGUCAAGGACAGCGGAGGUCACAGAGGAGCCUCCCCAGGAUGCGUCACUGGAGGAACAAGGUGGUGAAGACUUAGACCAGAUUGAAAAAGAAGCAAGUGAAGAUGAGUCAGACACAGGCAGUCACGUGAGUGAACCACCUCUGCCUGAUGAACCUGUCACCUCCGAGGAAAGAAGAUCCUCUGAAAACACAACAUCUAAGAGAACUGACACUGCACCAGAUAGUGAAAAGAACCACUCAAAUCUAAAUACUCCCAAUAGAACUGAUACAUCAGUAACAACUGCAAAUAGAUCUGUGUUCUCUGUGACAAGAGUUUACCAGCAAGAGCCAGUAUUAUCUGGAAGUGUGCGUAAAGACACAAGUGCAAAAUCUGCUGGGAAGAAGAAAAGAGAGAGAUCACUUGUAAAAAAUCAGAGGAGGUCUGGAAAUGUUAGGGAUGAGGAUGUGGAAGAAGACAAAGAAGAGCAAGUUUCAUCUUCUAAGAAAAGAAAACUAGGUGUUGGGGAAAAUUCAGAUCACGUCAAAGGCUUGGAAAGAGCAGGAAGAAAGGAGGAUAAUGCUGUAACCAGUGUUCAGGGGAGAAGAGAGUUGGAGACGGGACAGCAAACGUCUACACAGUCAGUGGACAAGAGAGGAAGUGGAGAAGUGGCUACAGAGAAAGAAGUGACAGAAGAUGAAAAAAUAACUGCAAGUGAAAUAUCUGAUUCGGAUGCUCCAGUUUCUACACACAUGAAGGACCAUGACUUUAUAAGACAACAUGUUCAUCUUUUGUCUGCACCUUUCACCCUGAAUGAAGCCAUUGGGAUCCUUAAUGCUGCUGGAGCUUCAACCUCUUUUAACAAAUCUCGGAAUUACAAGAAAAAUGUUGUGGUGCAGACAGGUUUCAACAAAUUGAAUCGACAUUUAAAUGAAAAUGCACAGAAAAAAUUCCACCGCUUUGCUCAGAGGCAGGUUCUCUAUAAACUGGAUCAACUGCGCUCAAAGUCCGCCAGUAAAAUAAGUUUGACAAAUGCAAAGUAUUUUGGAAUAAAAGAUGUUGAUAAUUUACCUGCAGAACUGGAGAUAGACUCAAGAGGGAACUUUGAAGGAGCCUCUUUGUCAGAAAGGUAUUCAGGUACAAGAAAUGAGGUUUUGGCUUUGAAAAGAAAGUUGGCCAAGAAGAAGGCUUUGCUCAACGACAAAAAGGUUCUUUGCAGUGUGCUUCAACAGGCAUCUCGGCUGGCCUCUCUAUCCGACGAGGCUAUUAUCAAGACAGAACUUAGCCGAACUAAUUUUCUUGCUGGUCAAAUACUGAGGCAACUGUCACAAAAAGAAAAAGAUGACGAUUCGAAUCCCUCAGGUAGCCAAGAGAAGACACAGACAAGAAAGUUGGUGCCCCUGCCUCAUGAAGAAAUAAUAAACAAACUCUUUGAAUAACACCUGUUCUUUGGAACACUUGGAUGGAAGGAACCCAACUGGAGAGAGGAUUGCAUAUUUUAUUUAGGAACUCUUGUUAAGAAAUAGAAUGUAUGAAGAUUAUUUAAUGAGAUAUUUGGAGCAGUUACUACGUGUAUUGUAGAUUUUUCAAAAUGUUUUUUUAAAUUAUCUAAUGGGACAUGAUAUUAAAAUUUGUCUAAUGUAAUGAAAUACUUCCAACAUCAUCAAAAUCCUAAUCUAAAACUGUUUAACCUGAAGGUGCUGGAGCUUGGCCCUUUAACUGUCGGUAAAAUUUAAAGUAUUCUUUUCUUUGUAUUUUAACUUUUAAUAGAUAAAGAAUGUCAAUAUAUUUGCUAGCACAUUGCACAGAAAUUAUGAAACACACUUAACCUUUCUUAGAAUAUCUUUAUUGCCCAUACUCCACCGAGUAUACAUGUAUAUGAAAGGCAUUAGUAUAAAUGCCAUAAUUAUGCCAAUAUUUAAGCUAAUUAAUAUUUUAAUUCCAAUACAAAUAUUUAUUUUCAAAUGACAUGUAACUGCCAAAUGGGAGAAACCAAUACAAGCAAGUACAGUUGGCAAUUUACCACACGUUACAUACAUAUGGUGUAAUCAAUAAAAUAACGAGGACAUUAUUAUUUAUCCCUGCAGACAUGGUAA